AUGCGGCCGACGCUGCUCGCCAUCCCCCUCUUCCUGCUCUCCGCCCAAGACUUCGCCAAGGCCAUCAGGUUUGACAUCAAGGCGCGCCCCCGACGGUCGCUCUCAAGCGGGCUCGCGCGCCGGGCAGCCGACAUAUCUGGGACCACGUCCGUCGCGGAUGUCGGAGAUGUGCAGUACGACACGAACAUCACACUCGGCGGGAAGACUUUCACUGUUCAAAUAGACACAGGAAGUUCCGACCUGUGGGUUGCCGGCGACGUACCAAACACGUCUGACACCACGAAGACAGCGAAGGUCACCUAUGCCGUCGGUGAGGUGGAAGGCUCCGUGCUGACUGCUGAUUUAACCUUCGCGGGGUACACCAUUUCCAAUCAGGCGUUCAUCUCAGUGACUGCCAACUCAGAGAACACGGACGGAGAUGGACUAAUCGGCCUGGGCCCUAACACAGGCUCACAAGUGCUCGAUGCCCUCGACAACGCCGAUAAGGGCAACCCCGUGCUCGACCGCAUCUUCAAACAGAACACCUCGACCCCAAAUUACAUCACUGUUCGCCUAGGACGGUUAGACGACCCAACAAGUCCUCAGACGGGCGAGUUCACAGUCGGCGAGAUCCUUUCCGGCUACGGGGACGUCGUGAAUCAGCCCAAGCUGUCGGUUACUGUGCUUCCGUCUUCAAACUCGGUGAAUCAACACUGGCAAGUGCUUCUGGAUGAGAACGGCAUAGUCGGCCCCGCAAACGAAAACGUCAUCAGCGAACUCAACAUAAAGACUGCUGUCGACUCGACUUCCAGCAGCCACCAGCUCACUGUCAUUUUUGACACCGGAUACUCACUACCACAAGUUCCCUCGAAAGUCGCAGAAGCGUUUUACUCGCACGUGCCCAACGCGCAACUCGUAUCGCGCAGCGACUUGUCCGGAAACGUCUGGCAGAUUCCUUGCGAUAAAGAGGUCAACGUCACUUUCAAGUUCGGAGGAGCCAGCUACCCCAUCCACCCCUUGGACACGAAUCUUGACCUCAACCUCACUGAUUCGAGCGGUAAGCACAUCUGCGUUGGUGCUUUCCAGCCAUUCGACGCCAGCGAUGGUGCGACGUAUGACAUGAUUUUCGGCAUGGCGUUCCUUCGCAACACCUACACCUACAUCAACUUCGGCGACUUCGUCGACGGCACCACCACCACCGCCAGCCCAUACGUCCAGCUCCUCAGCCUGACCAACAGCUCGGCCGAGUGGCACUCGGACUUCGUCACCUCCCGCGGCAACUCCCCCUGGUCGCCCUCCGCCGCCACGCUCGCCCAGCGCCUCAAGGCCCGCCUCCCGCUCGUCAUCGGCGUCGCCGUCGGCGCCCUCGUCCUCCUCCUCGCGCUCAUCGGCGGCUGCAUCUGGCGCAGCCGCCGCUCCAAGGCGCGCUACGCCCAGGUCGGCGCGCCGCCCGCCCCCGGCGGCGGCGGCGGUCCGUUCUGGGGCGGCCGCCAGCGCCGGUACCAGCCUCUGGACGAGCCCGCGCCCGAGGCGUACGGCAUGCACCCGCCAGGGCACCGGCCCACCCCGAGCCAGGGCUACGAGAACCCGUGGGACUCGCGGCUCUAG